GAGGGUUUGCUGAGAACAGUAAGCUGCCCAAGCAGAAAGGGACCUCUGAGUUCGACUUAUCCAACUCCUUGGUUUUAUAAAUGAGGAAACAGAAGCUCAGAGCAGCGCGAUGGCUUGCCCAACCUCACACUGCUGCUUUGUGGCUGACUGGCAGCUAGAGCCCAGAUCAAAAAAAGGUGGGGGGCGGGCGCUAAAGGAGACUGUUUUUAAGGCUCUAAAGAGACAUUCCCCCAGAAGAAAAGAGACAGAUACCACAGACAGAAUUGACUGAGGUAAACCACCAAUAGAUGCUUAGAGUAUGGAGACACAAGAGUGGGUUGGAAAGGCGUCUGAGAGGCCAGUACAGGCUAGCAGAGUCAGCUAGCAUAGGUUCCAGACCUGCGCCUGCUAUCUAUCAACUUGGGUCUCAAUUUCUGAAUGGACCUUAUAGGAUCUUUGUGAAAAUCAGUCUCAAACUAAUGCUUGUAAAACAUCAGCACAGUUCUUGACAGUGCUUAAUAAGUCUUUGCUAUGAUUGUUAUAUUACCUUAGGAACCCUGGAAGCCUGGCUGUGUGGGUUGGGGUAUGGCCAAGAUGACCCUGCAGGGACGUAGGACAGAGGUCCAGUGUCUCCAGAGACCAUUCCUCCUCUGCUGCCUCCAGCUGAUAAACCUCUUAUCAGGCCCAAGCAGGGGAGCCCAGAGUCAGGAUAGGAGGAGAAGGCAGGGCUGCUAUCAGCCACCAGGCCUGGGCCAUAUCUCAGAGAAGGGGAGGGGCUGUCUGCUUGGCUCUUCCCACAACAUGCUCCUUGGGGAUCCCCAAGCACUCAUUCUCAACCUUGGAAGAUGAGACAGAGGAGGAAAACUGAGGACAGAGGAGGAAAGCAGGAGUGAUCCCUGAUGUUGCCCCAGAAAAUGGGGAAAAAAAACCCCAGAAGAUGUGACUUCUGCCCUGGCCAGUGAUACAGUUUUGGGGAGUAAGAAGAAGGGGAAGGGGAAGGCAUCUCAUCUGAAAAAGAAGGUAAAGACCCACUGUGCUCCCAAAGGACCUGACCACAGCCAUAGCAGGCUUCUGGGGCCUUUUGUGCUCUGGGGACCCUGGACCAGGCCCUGGCCCAGUAGGAUGCCCCCGUGUCCUCCCCAGCAGAGCAGGAACAGGGUGACACAGUUGCCCACUCCGGAGCUGGGCGAGAUGGAGCUGACUUGGCAAGAGAUUAUGUCCAUCACUGAGCUGCAGGGCCUAAAUGCUCCAAGUGAGCCAUCGUUUGAGCCCCCAGCCCCAGCCCCAUACCCUGGGCCCCCGCCACCCCCAACUUACUGCCCCUGCUCAAUCCACCCAGAUGCUGGCUUCCCCCUUCCUCCACCAUCUUAUGAGCUUCCAGCACCUACAUCUCAUGUCCCAGACCCUUCAUACUCCUAUGGCAACAUGGCCAUACCAGUCUCCAAGGCACUGACCCUCUCGGGCCUGCUCAGUGAGCCCCUCCCAGAUCCCUUGGCUCUCCUGGACAUUGGGCUGCCAGCGGGGCCCCCCAAGCCCCAAGAAGACCCAGAAUCUGACUCAGGAUUAUCCCUCAACUAUAGUGACGCUGAAUCUCUUGAGCUGGAGGGGACAGAGGUUGGUCGGCGGCGCAGCGAGUAUGUAGAGAUGUACCCAGUGGAGUACCCCUAUUCACUUAUGCCCAACUCCUUGGCCCACCCCAACUAUGCCUUGCCGCCUGCAGAGACCCCCUUAGUCUUAGAACCCUCUUCAGGCCCUGUGCGGGCCAAGUCCACUGCACGGGGGGAGGCGGGAAGUCGGGAUGAGCGUCGGGCCCUGGCCAUGAAGAUUCCCUUCCCAACGGACAAGAUUGUCAACUUGCCGGUAGAUGACUUUAAUGAGCUGUUGGCGCGGUACCCACUGACGGAGAGCCAGCUGGCAUUAGUCCGGGACAUCCGACGGCGGGGCAAGAACAAGGUGGCCGCCCAGAACUGUCGAAAGAGAAAGUUGGAGACCAUUGUGCAGUUGGAGCGGGAACUGGAGCGGCUGGGCAGCGAGCGGGAACGGCUUCUCCGGGCCAGAGGGGAGGCUGACCGGACCCUGGAGGUCAUGCGCCAACAGUUGACAGAGCUGUACUGUGACAUUUUCCAGCACCUGCGGGAUGAAGCAGGCAACAGCUAUUCCCCUGAAGAGUAUGCUCUGCAACAGGCUGCUGAUGGAGCCAUCUUCCUGGUGCCCCGGGGGACCAAGAUGGAGGCCACAGACUAAGCUGGACCAGAGGGGUGGGACUGGUGAUGGAGAUUUCCUUUAUUCCCUUCUGAUAAAGGUACUCCCCAGAAGCAGCUGGGUACUCUAGACCAGAAGGGGACAAUGGGAAACCUGGCAUUUGGAGGGUCCAAGGUAUAUUCAGUAAGGCUUGCCUUAAGACAAGUGUAUGAGGGGAGGGCUGGAAUCUCUUUUCCGUGAUUCAGCUUCCUAGGUCUCCAACCUCCACCUCUUGUUUGAGCUUUGGUAUAUAAAGCACUCUACACAAAUACCCUUCCACUGUGUCUUCCUUCUCAAGAGAGGGUGUUGAAGCCGAGUACUUAGAGUUCAGUGCUUGUUAGUGGUGGGGAGGGAAUCCUGCCAAGCUCAUUUCUUUCUCCGGCAGCUCUGUAUGAGAGAGGUAUGCAAAAAAUUUGGGCUUGAGCUGUGUGAUCUAUCACCUUCAUCUCCUUUUUCAGAGUCAGAGGUCAUGGAUGAUCUGAGGAAUCCCACCCUCCCUGGGGGCCCACUAUUUAUAGAGUGGGCAUUGCUGCCACCGCUGGCUACACCCUCUGUGCAAGGUCCCUGAGGUUCAGACCUCUCCUUUCUCUUUGGAGCACAGAGAAGUCUAGAAUGCCCAUAGCCUUUUUUCUGUUCUCUCCCUCCUGCCUACUUCUAUUGUACUUCCUCAUCCUGAUAUGCCUGAGCUCUCAGAAGUCUGAGAUGCUCUUGAUUGGAGAGAAUUUGAUUGGACAUCAUAGUUUCAAGGGACUUCAUACAGAAGUCUGGGCAAAACCUGCUCCCGAGGUUAUGCCUUUUGGUGAACUUUUCUGUCUCCUUGGUUACGUUAGACACACUAUCCAAUCCUCAUUUUGGGGCCUCCCUUUUCUAGAUUCUCAAAGACCUAGGGUCUCUUAUUUUCUUCCUUAAGCAGAACACGAAGUUCUAGAAUCCUUUAUCACAUCGAAGUCUCAAACUUCUCUCACACAUCUCCUUGGAUAGAGUUGGGUGGUUCCUAUCUUCAGUCACUGGAUUACACCAAUUACCUCUUUGGGGUAUUUUACUUCUAUUUAUACUUCUAUUCAACUUUAGUAGCUCCAUUCCAACAAGGAAAACAUACUCUUACUUUCAAGUUCUGAUAGACACUCAGUUGUGAGACAUGAAAAGCAAUGAUCAAAGGUAGUCUUCAUGCUUACAGAUUCUCAGAAACGUGGUCUCUAGGCUAGGUUAGGGAACGAAAGCAAUUUAAGGCUUCUGAUUCCUAAUCUGUGAACAGUUCAUCUUGGGAACUUUCUCAAAAAAGAAAAUGCAGGAUCAAGUUGCAAAGGGCAGUGCCUGGGAUUAGCUGUUCAGCAACUUGAUUAGUUCACCUAAAGGACAUCAGGCAGUUUUUCACUUUUAGCCAAGCUCCCAAAAGUGGUAAUGCAAAUUUAGACAUUUAUCCAACACUUGAGCACCCAGGUUCUAGUAUUGUUCUAGGCACUGGAGGUAAAAAUGGGGAGAAAUGCCCCCCUCCUGAAAAUCUAUUGUAAUACAUUACUUGGUGUGUACCUAACUAAAGCAAAAGGUGGAACAGCUUUGGAGCAUGAUUUCGAUUCUGUUCGAUUCAAAAACAGGUAAUCAUCUAAAGUUAUGUAGAUCUUCAUCUACAAAGUUAUGUAGCUUAACUAGCAACCUUGUAUUUGUAAAGCAUGCUGUGAAGUAUAUAGAAUGUGAUAGAAGCAUGUCAUUUUCUUCAAUAGCAGUAUUUAACAUCCUAUGGCCUGUUGUCCUGUCCUAAGCCAGGAUUGUGAGAGAAACCUGUUCUAGUAACUCCAAGCCACAAAUGAUUCUUGGCAAUUAAGACUGCCUAUACAUUUACACUUCUCUACCCCUUUUACUAGGUUGAAAAUUGAGGCUGAAUCUUUUCUUAAAGAUGGGAAGUUUAAGCAUUUGCUAGGGGGUUAAUUAUUGCCCCCAAAUUUUUGGGUCACUUUUGAAAAACUUGAUCUUCCCCUCCAUAUUCAUCUUAACCUGGUUCCAGAUUUUUUGGAAGCCAGAAAUAGCUGGCAAUAAAUACUUGCGGAACAA